ACGUUUUGGUGAUCUUGGUGCGUUCAAGACAACUGGGAACUCUGAAAUAGCGGCAAUCAUCUUCAAGUUGGAAAGUCGGAGUUCAAGCAAGGGACCCGAGUUCCCGGCUUGGAAUUCCGAGUUGGAUGACAAUUCAAAACGAUUUUUCUCAGGCGGAGCUCGUUCCCAGUUGUCUUGAACUUACUGAAGUCGGAUACCUCCAGUUGGUUUGAACGCGGCGUAACUGCUGCGAAGGAGUCAUUGGAAAGGUCGUGCUAGACAGAAAUGUAGCUUGUCCACAUGACAAAAACGUGGGUCACUAAAACGUUUUAAAAUAUGAUGUGGUUACUUCAAGUAUGUGCCUUUUGGAUUCCGGGAUUAGAUUUUACUGUAGCAUGAUAACGUGCGCGUUCUGUUGAAUAACAUCUGAAGAAUUAAGUAGUAGAUGUUAACUUCUAGCUAAAUUCACAGAAUAACUAGCUAAUAACUAGCUAAACAUGAGUCCUGUUGCUUCAAAUCAAGAGACAGCAGCAACAAGACUUCCUGCUCCUGCUUCUUCGGAAUCCCCUGGAAGUAGCACACCUUUCUCCAUAACUGGACAUAUCCAGCAAGUCUACAGCCAUGUCAAAAUAGAGAAUUUGGUUGCAGGACUCAGUGGAGGAGUCGUGUCAACACUGGUGCUGCACCCUCUUGACCUAGUCAAAAUCAGAUUUGCAGUGAGUGAUGGGCUGGACUUGAGACCUAAAUAUAAUGGCAUUAUCCAUUGUUUGAAAUAUGUGUGGCAGCAGGAAGGGGUCCGAGGACUCUACCAAGGAGUCACCCCAAACAUCUGGGGUGCUGGGGCAUCAUGGGGACUAUACUUUUUCUUUUACAAUGCCAUCAAGGCGUACACUAAGGAAGGGCGUCAGUCUGAACUGAGUGCCACAGAACACCUGCUGUCAGCCACCCAAGCAGGUGUAUUGACUCUCACCCUAACCAACCCUAUCUGGGUGACUAAGACUCGCCUGGUGCUGCAGUAUAACGCUGAUCCCACCAGGAAACAGUAUAAAGGGAUGAUAGAUGCACUGGUGAAGAUCUACCGGCAUGAGGGGAUACCUGGACUGUACAGGGGGUAUGUUCCUGGUUUAUUUGGCACGUCACACGGGGCAUUGCAGUUCAUGGCCUAUGAGGAGUUGAAGAGAGACUACAACAAAUACAAGAAAAUGCCUUCAGAAGCUAAACUGAGUGCAUUGGAAUACAUCACAAUGGCAGCUCUAUCCAAAAUAUUUGCUGUGGCUACCACAUACCCUUACCAGGUGGUGCGGGCUCGCCUGCAGGACCAGCAUAAUAAGUACAAUGGAGUCCUGGAUGUGGUCAAGAGGACAUGGAGGAAUGAGGGAGCUGUAGGGUUCUAUAAAGGCAUGGUGCCCAACCUGAUCCGUGUCACCCCAGCCUGCUGUAUCACCUUCGUGGUCUAUGAGAACGUGUCUCGCUUCCUGAUGGGCCAGAAGUGAGAAGGACUAAGGAGAAAGCCAUGGAAGGACCACAAAUAGGAAGGGACUCAGACAGUGUAUGUGGUGCUAGAUAAGAUAAGCCAUGAACUGAAGUCUCCAGAACUGUCACAGCAGGUAACUGGACAACUGAAGUCUCCAGAACUGUCACAGCAGGUAACUGGACAACUGGAGCAGACAUAUCACCUGGAUACACCUCUGGCAGUCGAGUCAAAACAACCAUAAAGGAACUCCUAAAGCAUGUGGUGGAAUUAGAUCUUAUUACCACUAUGAAAAACUAGGACUUGUGUCUAUCGUAUACAUUUGAGGUUUGGCAUUCUCAGAGACAUGAUGUUGACAAUGCUGGUAAUUAAAGACUGGUCUCUGUCUCUAGGAUGCAUCACAGAAGAACAGACCUCACUGGAGGUACUAAUGUACCCACAAUUAGUUUUAAUUUAACUUAUGGCAUCAUACUGUAGUGCAUGUAAACCUUCAUGUUGAUUAUGUCAUAGGAAAUGAUCACAGAGACUGAUUGCACUGUUCAACAUCAUCAUUUCUUUCAGGUAAAAUAUUCUAUUCAAGUUUCAACCUUUAUGUUGCUUUUGUAUUUGUUAGCUUUUUUGUUGUUUCAGAUUCAAUUUUACAGCUGUUCUGUGUUCACGUGUCAUUUGGAAAAAGGGAUCAGCACAUGCAUUUCUUUAUGAUUUUACCUGGUCAUACAAGUGUCACGCCCUGACCUUAGAGAGACUUUUUAUUUCUCUAUUUGGUUAGGUCAGGGUGUGAUUUGGGUGGUCAUUCUAGUUUUUCUAUUUCUUUGUUGGCUGGGUAUGGUUCCCAAUCAGGCAGCUGUCUAUCGUUGUCUCUGAUUGGAGAUCAUACUUGGGCAGCCUUUUUUCCACCUUUAGUUUGUGGGAUCUUGAUUUUGUAUAGUUGCUGUGUAUCCUACAGAACUUUAUGUUCGUUUUGUAUUUUGUUGUUUUUCGGUGUUAAUUUCAAUCAAAGUAAGAUGUUCGCCUACCACGCUG